UAUAUUAUUAUAUAUAUAUAUAUAUAUUAAAAUAAAAAAAUGUCUCACUAAAAUCAAUUCUUAAAUUUAAGAAAUUUCAAUCUUUAUGAUUUCAACCAAGAACACAACAGUCUCGACAACUUCACUUUAUGCGAAUACAUAUGGAUUGACGGAACUGGUAAAGGCCUCCGUUCCAAAACUAGAGUCUACACAUCUAAAAUAACUAAACUUGAAGAACUAGACUGGUGGACAUAUGACGGUUCAUCCUGCGGACAAGCCUCUACUGGAGAUUCUGAAAUAUGGAUAAAACCCGUAUACAUGUGUCCUGAUCCUUUCAGAAAAGGAGUACGUGCCUACUUAGUAAUGACCGAAACUUACUUAGCCGAUAAAGUAACACCCGCUAGGGGUAAUUUUAGAUACAUUGUAUCUAAAAUAAUGGAUGAAGCUAAAGAAGAAGAUCCCUGGUUUGGCAUUGAAUAAGAAUAUUUCCUUUUCAGCAGAACCGGAACUACACAUGCUUGGCCUUUAGGAUGGCCUGAGGGUGGAUUCCCUUUCCCUUAGGGAAGAUAUUAUUGCUCAGUUGGAGAUUUUAAUUGCUUUGGAAGAGCCUUAACUGAAGCUCAUUUGAGAUGUUGUCUUGCUGCAGGAUUAAAAAUUGCAGGACUUAAUGCUGAAGUUGCUCCUGGAUAAUGGGAAUUUUAAGUCGGUAUUACUAAAGGUAUUGAAUGUGGGGAUAUGAUGUGGAUGGCUAGAUAUAUUCUUUUAAGACUAGGUGAAGAAAUGGGAGCUCAUGUUGAUUUCUAACCUAAACCUAUUAAGGGUGCUUGGAAUGGAUCAGGUGCACAUACUAAUUAUUCAACUAAAUCUACUCGUUCUGAUGGCGGAUUAAAUUUCAUUAUUAAUAAUCAUUUACCUAAAUUAAAAGAAAAACAUCUUGAACAUAUCACUCUUUAUGGAGAAGGUAAUAAAGCAAGAUUAACUGGAUCAUAUGAAACUAGUUCUAUCCAUAAAUUCAAUUAUGGAGAGGGAAGUAGAGCUGUCUCAGUUAGAAUUCCUGUUUAUACAACUGCAUAAGGAAAAGGUUAUUAUGAAGAUAGAAGACCUGCUUCUAAUAUUGAUCCUUAUUUGGUAAGUGGAAUUAUUGUAGAUACUACUUGUUUGGAUUCUAAAUAUUGUGAUGAAAUUCUUGCAGCGUUUAAAAAAUUCGCAAGAGAAUAACCUUAAGAUGAUACUCCUGAUCAUUGAGCGGGAUGAAAAAUAUAUAUAUAUAUAUAAAUAAAUUUUAUUAUAUAUAUAUAUAUAUAUAUAAAUAUAUAUAUAUAUAUAUAUAUAUAUAUAUAUAUAUAUAUAU